GUUAUGGGAUUAUUAUUUAUGGUAUGUUUGUUCUCAGCAUUGACUAUUUUUUUUUCUAAUUUAGGGUAGAAAUUUAGCAUCUGGAGAGGUUGGAUUUUUUCCAAGUGAUGCUGUCAAGCCUUGCCCGUGUGUGCCCAAACCAGUAGAUUAUUCUUGCCAACCCUGGUAUGCUGGAGCAAUGGAAAGAUUGCAGGCAGAGAAUGAACUUAUCAAUAGGGUAAAUAGUACUUACCUUGUGAGGCACAGGAGCAAAGAGUCAGGAGAAUAUGCAAUUAGCAUUAAGUACAAUAAUGAAGCAAAGCACAUCAAGAUUUUAACAAGAGAUGGCUUUUUUCACAUUGCAGAAAAUAGAAAAUUUAAAAGUUUAAUGGAACUUGUGGAGUAUUACAAGCAUCAUUCUCUUAAAGAAGGAUUCAGAACCUUAGAUACAACUCUACAGUUUCCAUACAAGGAGCCAGAACAUUCAACUGGACAGAGGGGUAACAGAGCAGGCAACAGCUCCCCCUCUUUGUUCUGUGGGUUUUCUUUUGUAACUCCUCCAGACUACAGCUUUGUUCCCCCUUCUACUCCUUUCUGGUCAGUGUUAAGUCCGAAAGUGCUAGGCAUCGCCAUUGCGCGCUAUGACUUCUGUGCACGAGAUAUGCGAGAACUGUCCUUGCUGAAAGGAGAUGUGGUGAAGAUUUACACGAAGAUGGGUGCAAAUGGCUGGUGGAGAGGAGAAGUGAACGGCAAGGUGGGCUGGUUUCCAUCUACGUACGUGGAAAUGGAUGAAUGAGUGCCAAUCCAGCGUUGCACCAGACAUUUCAGAGAAGGGAUAAACAGAAGCCCGCACAGCAUUGUGAAUUAACUGAAGUGUUUAAAAUGCUGCAUUUCUGGCUGUUCAUUCUCCCUCCUAAGUCUUAAUACCGAGAUCUAAAGAUACUGGGACUGACAGAUUAAUGGCUUGCCUAGAGCCUUGCAAGAAGCAGCCUGCCAGUCUGUCAUUGUCAGGGACCAGGGCAAAGCCUAAAGCCCUUCUUCCCAGAAGAGCCUGCAAACGCAUUGCUUCAUGUUUCUUUUUACUUCAUCCCGUCAGACACCAGGAAUGCCUGCCAUUAGUAAAUGUUUAACGCAUAUUGACUUUCCUCUCACGUGCCAUUCACCAGAAUUUUUGAUGGCACUGAGAAGCAGAAGUUUAAUUUUGCUUUUCCCAGCAUGAAGAAAAAUUAGAGCUCUGCCAUUUGGGCAGCCUACUAGAAAGGUCCAGCGUUACUUGUUUUAAAUUGCCUCACAAGGUGACUCAUUACCUGGCAAACCCAGAUGUUACGAUAAAAUAUCAGAGGCAAAUGCUCAGGUUUGCUUCAUAAGUGAUAUAUCCCAGAGGGAUUUUAAUUAUUCAUUUGAUGUCCUGAUUAUAUUUGCAAAUCUCUUUAUAAAAAGAAAAAAAAGUACAUAAAAGAGAGUGUCUUCAUAUUAAAUCUUCAAAACGUUCGUGAUUUCACAGGGUUAUUUUGGCAAUGGAGUACUUCACUUGAUGAGAUAAUCUUGGCUGCGUAUACUACAGGUAGUUGUGAGUAACCUGAGGAAGGUGGCAUUGUUUACAGAAACAGAUCAAGGGCUGUAAUUUAUAUUGUCAUUUUUAUAGAAGUAACACCUAUUAACACACACGUCUUUUACUCCCCACUAAAAGACCUGGGACAUAUUUGCUGAUUCUCAUAUUUUCCUGGAGUAUUUACGGCAGCACAAACAACUUAGUGGAGGGUUUUGGAAGGCAAGCACAGCUGGGUCCUUUAUGCAUUUCCGGGACAGGAGGGUCACUAAGCUUUCCCGGUCUCCUUCAGUGUGGGCUCCCAGCUUCUCGCUGGUGAGGGUCUCCACGUCAGCAGGCCCUUUAUGGGUGUGUAUUAAUUGGUGGAAAGAUCGGUUUUGCAGUGCGUUUAUUUGACCAAGAGUUCUCUUUUUAUGUGAGGAGUCUAAAUAUGUUCUUCCUGUGAUAUACAGAGUGCCCUGUUAAGACAGUCAAGUUAAGACACUAACUUGGCCCUUUCCUGAGGAAAUGUUUUUUUCCAUAGCAGAAGUCAUGUUCUGACAAGAUUCAGAGAGUGUUUCAUGUUUGAAGAAAACAAAACAUUAGAAGCAUUAAUUUAAUAGAGCCAAACUAGGUAUGCCCAGUUCUGAAAUUUUGGAUCUUCUCUGAAAUGGGGUGGGUGUGGCCUACCCUCUCCCCAAACCACUUGAAGGCCACAACUUGAUGUUCAGUGGACACACGCCGCUGUUGGAGACCCUCAUGGGCUAGGACUUCUCAAAUAGGAAAGAUUCACGACCUUUACCUCAGAAUUAUGUAAACUGUGAUUGUGUUUUAGAAAAGUUAUUAUUUGCUGAAACCAGUUAAGUUUUUUUGUAUAUGUGUAAAUGAUCUCAAAAAUGAAUUUUAUAAAGUGUUCUGUACAGUAAAGUUAUACCCUCAAGGUGUACUCCUGGAGUGGAUUCUUCCUAUAAAGUCUUAUCUGACUGUGUCUGAGGAAUGUUUUGUCUGUUAAUGUCAGCCAAAUGCUGUUAUGGAGAGAGGAGCUUCAUGCAGAUUGAAACGUGUGCAGAGUACUGUAGCUUGUGUUGUUUCUUUUAUUGUCAUUUUAGCCAAUAGAUUCCCUCCCUUACAAAUGAUGUUUGGUCUUCUUGUUGCAUUUCAUGGACCCGAGGGUUUCCUAGCAGAGGAUAGCAGAGACCCUUUUCAUGACGCUACUGAUUACAUCUUUGUCUAUGUUUAAUACUUUGUAUUGGAAACUUAAAAUGCUGCGGAUUUGUGUAGCUUUCUAAUACCAAAGACAGAAGCCAAUGUUUUUUCACAUACUUUGUCUUGCCUGUAUGAAGUGCUUAUGUAAUAUGGUGAAUGAAGUUGGUCUUUCACUUUGUAAUAUUUUGUAAAUAUGUCAAUACAAUAAAUAGUUACUACCUGCA